AUGGCAAGUAAACGACGUAGCAUUGAGUUCGUUGAUGUGUCACGUCAGGACGCGUCUCUCCGGGAUGAGCAUAACAAGUCAUUCUACGGCGAUAUCCCCGGCGCUUCUAGCCGGUCAGCUGCCGUGGAGUUACUUAGACCAGUGGACACGUCCCAGCAUGUCAGCUUUGCAGCACAGCCGUCAGUACAUACUGUGUCCGCAGAUAACGGUGGGCCGGUGAUAAUGCAGAAAGUCGAUGAUGGUGUGUCAGACAGCCUUGUUUCCUGUGAUGACAUGAGCCAGGACGAGUUGGAGUCUGAGUUCGACAACCUGGUGCGCCUCUUGGAAGUUUCCAGAAAAGACACCGGUGCUCUCCAAGCAAAGGUCAGAGAGCAAAACAAUCAAAUAUACACCCUGCAGCGCGACUUGGCCGGUGCUUCGGCUCAGUUAGCUGACCUUCAGGCAAGUCGCACCCAGGAGAGUAUGGAGAUUGAGAGAUGCCUGAAGCAGGAGUUGAAUGCCAAGCAUGAGCUGAUCCAGCGUCAGCUUGGUGAGAUAAGGACGAUGAAAGAAGAGAGCCAGCGCCAUAGUACUGACAUGGAAGCCCAGGUGGCUGAAACACAGUAUGCACAUCAGUUACUUGAGGCAAGUCACGGCGUGGAGAGUGACCAACGUCAAGAGCUCAAACAAGCACGCAUGCAAUGGAAAAGCGGUGUACGUGCACACCGACAAGAGUUAUCUCAUCUGAACGAGAAGCAUCAGAAAACCUUUAGCUUGGCUGAAGUGGGAGCGCGCUGCCAGGCACAGAACCAUGAUCGAGUCAUUCGGGAUCAGAGUGCAGCAUUGGCAACGCUAAGGCGCGGAGAAACACGGAGUCCUGCAGCGACUACGCCCGGUCUAUCCUCUUCAGCACGUAUGGAUGUUGACAGCCAACAGCUCCAGGACACACGGCGUCAGCUUGCAUUGCAGAACAAAGCUGCACUGGCCACCACCGCUGAGCUUCUAACCACGACAUCUUCCAACAACAGUGAGUAUGAGCUAAUUCGCAACCAACUAGAGGCAGAGCGCCACGCUCAGCAUGAACUCUUGGCCACGCUAGAGGAGAGCGAGAAAGUGACAUCUUCCAACAACAGUGAGUAUGAGCUAAUUCGCAACCAACUAGAGGCAGAGCGCCACGCUCAGCAUGAACUCUUGGCCACGCUAGAGGAGAGCGAGAAAGUGACAUCUUCCAACAACAGUGAGUAUGAGCUAAUUCGCAACCAACUAGAGGCAGAGCGCCACGCUCAGCAUGAACUCUUGGCCACGCUAGAGGAGAGCGAGAAAGUGGUAAGUUCUGACAGCGAGGGAUAUAUCAGCUAG